AUGCCUCUUUUAAAAAUACCGCAUGAUCUAACUCUCACAAUCGACGGCCACAACAAAUGGUUGAAGAUAAUAAAAGAUGCUCAAGAGUUAAUUGAUAAUGACAUUGAUAUGCAGGUAUAUGAAAGAAGAAUAAAAAUGCGCUCAAGGCUUAAUAAAAUAUUCAUGGAAGAAUUAAAGAAAGAAAGAAUCAGGUUGAUUGUGUUUAAAAAAGAAGAUCAAAUAGAUGAUAUCACGGAAGAGAUCAGGGAAUGGUUCAAAGAAUGGUAUUAUGGUUAUGGGUUCUUCCCUGAAUUCCCAUACGAUUUAGAAGGAGGUACUCUGAUUGUGGUCAGAGGGGACUAUCCAUCAGUAGAACAAAAAAAAGAAGCUGAUGAAAAAUAUUUAGCUGCUACCAAAGGAAAAACGAAGGACCAGGUACCAUUCAAUUCUCCACUGUCCAACAUCAACACAAGUUAA